AUGUCGUCUGACCUCUUUCAAUCGGCAAUAGACAGUGUAAUCGAAGAACUCGACGGUGUGCUUGCAUAUCAAGAUGACGUCCUCAUUUUCGGCCUUAAUAAGAAAGAACACGAUGCUCGUUUUACGCAGCUACUGGAACGAUUUGCCGCCAAAAACGUGGCUAUCAAGCCUUUCAAGUGUGUGUUUGGAGUAAGUGAGUUGGAGUUUCUAGGAUUCGCAGUUGAUUCCCGUGGAUAUCGUCCCGAUCCGACACGUUUCAAACCAUUGACUAACAUCGAAUCUCCAAAAGAUCAAACGCAUUUGAGAUCGGUGAUGGGAUGUCUACAGUACUAUUCCCGAUUUAUCCCGAACUUUGCUACAAGGGCGCAGCCGCUUUUCUGUGCUCAGUGUUCAGACGCUUGGGAAUGGUCGGUGGAGUGUGAAGAUAUCUUACGUGGUUUAAUUCGCUGCGUUACUGAUUGGCUUGUUCUCGCCCCGUUUUCGCCUUCAAAACCGACUACACUCAUCAUCGAUGCAUCUGACGUCGGAAUCGGUGCUGUAUUAGAACAAGAAGGUUGUCCAGUGAUCUUCAUUUCACAUCUUCUUAAUGCGGCAGAAAAGGGAUACUCACAGACUCAAAAAGAAGCGUUGGCUGUAUUUUGGGCUGUUUGA